UAAAAAUGAACAAAAUCGUAUUUUUCCUGUAUUUGUCAGCAGCACAUUGAGCAGCAAACAGCACUGCUGAGAGCGUCUCUUUCCUGUCGCAGCUCUGUGGUCUCAAGAAGCCGCUGCUGCACCGGAAUCUGAAGAAUUUCGAGGUGUCUUGUUCGCCAAGAAGUCUGCUCGGCAGCUCGUCCCUGCGCCUUUGUCUCCAACCUUCACUCUGCGAAGAGACCGUUGAUCAAGGAGAGGAAAUAUGUCUCAGGCUGACAAAAUGAAGCAGGGUCAGUUCACCAACCCUGAGACCCCAGGUUAUGUUGGGUUUGCCAACCUCCCCAACCAGGUUCAUCGCAAGUCUGUGAAGAAAGGUUUUGAGUUCACCCUCAUGGUUGUAGGUGAAUCUGGACUUGGAAAAUCUACCUUGAUCAACAGCCUCUUCCUGACUGACCUUUACCCUGAGAGAGUCAUCCCUGGGGCAGCAGAGAAGAUCGAGAGGACGGUUCAGAUCGAGGCGUCGACGGUGGAAAUCGAGGAGAGAGGAGUAAAGCUUCGUCUCACGGUCGUGGAUACGCCAGGAUACGGAGAUGCCAUCAACAGCCAAGACUGUUUCAGCACCAUCAUCAGCUACAUUGACGACCAGUUUGAGCGCUACCUCCACGAUGAAAGUGGCCUGAAUCGUAGACACAUUGUCGACAACAGAGUUCACUGCUGCUUCUAUUUCAUCUCCCCUCUUGGCCARGGCCUGAAACCUCUGGAUGUCCAAUUCAUGAAGGCCAUCCACAACAAGGUCAACGUGGUUCCUGUCAUCGCCAAGGCUGACACGCUUACCCUCAGGGAGAGGGAGAGGCUGAAGCGCCGGAUUCUUGAUGAGAUUGAUGAGCAUGGUAUUAAGAUCUAUCACCUUCCUGAUGCUGAGUCAGACGAAGAUGAAGACUUCAAGGAGCAGACCAGAAUUCUCAAGGCUAGCAUCCCGUUUGCUGUAGUGGGAUCCAACCAGCAGAUCGAAGCCAAAGGGAAGAAGGUCAGAGGUCGUCUGUACCCGUGGGGUGUGGUGGAAGUGGAGAACCCAGAACACAACGACUUCCUCAAGCUGCGGACCAUGCUGAUAACCCACAUGCAGGAUCUACAGGAAGUAACCCAGGACCUGCACUAUGAGAACUUCCGCUCAGACCGCCUGAAACGGGGUGGCAGGUUGUCCUCCCAUGGUUACAUUCUGCCUCUGUCUCCUGCAAAAGGACCGGAGCCUGAGGAAAUGGACAAGGACAUGAUUCUCCAGGAGAAGGAGGCUGAGCUGAGACGAAUGCAGGAGAUGAUUGCCAAGAUGCAGGCCCAGAUGCAGAACCGAGAAGGAGACGGAGACGUGUGAGAGGUCUUUGGUGUUUGAGCCACAGAUCAAGUUUGACCAGAGAAUUGGAAUGAAGAUAAAACUGACAGUCACUCUUUGCUAUUUCUUUUUAGUUCCACAUUGAUCUGAAGUCUUUUUUUAUACAUUCAGUUGAGUAUAAUCAGUGUUGUGUUCAUAUAGUUACAUAUAACGGUUAUUUUUUUUCUUUUCAUGUAAGCUAAAAAGCUUACAUGUAAAGGCCAAGUGAAGUCCUGUAAUCCAGAUGGUGGAACGCUGUUACUUUUCUUGACUUUGUUUCAUCUCCAGAAAACUGUUGUGUUCAAUAAAUCUGUUUUUUUGUUUUGCUCUGUGAAAAACUCAUUUGGGAGAGCCGAUUGUGGCAGAAAUGGUUGAAAAAAAGUAUUAUUUUGUUACACAAAGUCAGCUCAAAGAAGAUGAUCAUAAAGAUUUAACCUAAAGUAAGUUUUCUCAUCUGUGUUUUUCUGUAUCCCGAUUAUGCAUGUAGCUGUCGGCCCCAUCAGGUAGAGAUUCACCUGCUCUUAUAUCAGUGUAACCAAGUUAAACUGCCUUUCACUCUGCAUAAGCUCUUGAACUGUGACCCCCUUACCUUAUAUGGUCUUCCUGUGCGCCUAAAAGAAAUGCAGGACUGAGGCAUGAUGCCUGAUUGGUGCUUUAAACUGAAUCGGUGCAUUUCUAUGUAUGAAAGAAAGGAGGCAGUUCUGGGUUAGUUUAACACACCUGCUGAGUGUUUUUUACGGUUGCACACGAGUCGAUCAGGUCAGCGUAGCCAACGUUCCCCACACCAGCCAAAAAAAUGAGAUCUUUGACAUUCCUCGUUGUCCUCUUUUUACUCAACAAUGAAGUACCAAAUAUUGUUCUUAAUGCAUAUAUUAAAUAAAGGUUUAUUAAACUUUAAUAAUCUCA